GGGCGUUCGAGCAACCUCGUUCCCAGGGUAUUCGCUCUUUCCCAUGCUGGAAUACCCUUGGAAAGAGGUUGGCAUUCGAGUUGUGUUCACAAUCCGGAAGCACUUCCGGUCGCAACACUUGUCUUGGUAAAAGGAAGCGCUGUGUUUUAGGGAAUAUUCUACAUCAGACUGGAUUUCUUAGAAUGUCAAAGGCGAAGACAAGGACACAAUAUGUGUAUUUAGAAGUUAAAAAACCUUCAAAUGCUCAUCAAAGUCCCAGUGCUACACUUUGUGGCCCAGCUACAGUCCUCUUCGGCAUUUGUCGCCUUAACUUUAAGAAUGAUAAUGUGACUUGCCAGAUAUCAUCACUGGGAAAUACUACGGAGAUAAAAUUAACAGGGCCACCGCUGACGUUCAUGAAAGCAAGUCUUCUUGAAGAAGUCUUAAGCCUUGGAUUUGUACCAUUAUCAAGUAUCAAAGAAGAUUCCCUUACUUUAUUUCGAGAAGUUACAUUGUGACUUAACGGUGAACUGUAUACGCUUCAAAAUGGUUUUGGUUCAAAGAAAAUAUAUCUCGGGAAGUGUGUCUGACCUGUUGAAAAUAGCGUUUUGAUUGGACAUUUUCAAGAUUUCAUAGGAAGCAAACUUCUUUGAUUGUUGACUUUGCCUGAUUAGCUUAUUAUCCAUACAUGCUUGGACUGCCUAUUUACAAAAGCCGAGCACGGAGAGAUGGACUGGAGUGGUAUGGGUACUAAAAUUAAGUGUAGUUCAAACGUUGCUCGGCAAUGAAUUUAGGACAUUUACAUUACUCAUUACAGACAUUAGAUUAGAUUCUUUACAUAAACGUCAAUUUGAACUAGCCAAGACACAGAUAUAUUUUAAAGCAGUUACUAUACCUUUAUUUCUAUUAAAUAAUAAAUAUAUGCGAUGACGCAUGAAUAUGAACUCAAAUGACGUAAAGACUAAAGUGAAUAUUAUACAUAAUUCGUAUAUGGUAUAUAUAUAUAUAUAUAUAUAUAUAUAUAUAUAU